GCUGUAUUGAACCCACUGUCAUUAUCGCUGUUUUGCAGGAUUCCCAGCAGGAGAACUUCAAAAGCCUUUCUUUUGGGGAACAGAGUAUCCUAGGUCAUUAAGCUACGGUGCUAUAGGAGUAAUUGUUGGCCAUGAGUUCACUCAUGGAUUUGAUAGCAAUGGCCGUAAAUAUGACAAAAAUGGAAAUUUAGACCCGUGGUGGACAACUGACUCUGAAGAAAAAUUUAAAGAGAAAACAAAAUGCAUGAUUAAUCAGUACACUAAUUACUACUGGAAGAGAGCUGGCUUGCAUGUGAAAGGCAAGAGGACUUUGGCAGAAAACAUUGCAGAUAAUGGAGGUUUGCGAGAGGCUUUCAGGGCAUACAGGAGAUGGAUUACAGAAAAGAGGGGAGGAGAAGAAGAGCCUUUACUGCCAGGCCUUGAGUUCACACACAAUCAGCUUUUCUUUCUGAGUUAUGCCCAUGUAAGGUGCAACUCCUUUAGACCAGAAUCUGCAAGAGAGCAAAUAUAUGCUGGAGCUCACAGCCCUCCUGAGUUCAGAGUUAUCGGUGCCAUGAGCAACUUUGAAGAGUUCCGUAAAGCUUUCAAUUGCCCAGCAAAUACAACAAUGAACCGAGGGACAGAAUCCUGCCGGCUGUGGUAGAUGUCCAUUCCAGGUCUUCUGUCAAGAGGGGUCUGCAAUGUAAAUUGCUGCACCUGAGCUCAAGCCUGCCGCUAGAGUUUCAGAAUAACAUUUUGCAACCUGGAGAGCUGUUACUUCAAAUGCAUCACCCUUAUUCGUGCUCAUUACCUGCAUGAAUCUAAUCACUCUCUAUUCGGAGCCUAGAAACACUCAAAAUGGAAGAGGAUAGGUUUUCUUUUUUAUCCAUAAAACUACUCCCGCUCAUCUUCAGUUGCACUGCUGUUGAUGGAUAACUGCCAUUAUCAGUUCUAGUUCCUGAUUUAUAGCUGGGCCAAAGGUAAAUGCUAAAAUCCAGUUUUAAUCUAUUGCUCUGCAGGGGUGCUAUGCAGAAUGCUCCCACGCAAAAUUUAUUCUUUCUGGAUGAAGGAAUUCAUGAGACCUGCUAUAAAGCAGCUCUGAUCUACUGUGUGAUACAGCAUUUUCAUAACUUGAACUGUCACUGCCCAGCAUGCCAUAAAUGAUGUUGCAUGAUGUAAAGACACACAAGACUUUAUAUAAAUUAGGUUUAAUAUGUCAGAUUAGUGCCUUAGGUUUUGGAACAGUUUCAAACUGAGAAAGCACCUUACGGUUUCCAUCUGCUAGGAUUAAACAGAAAGCAUACUUGUCAGAUCAUAGCCUCUUCUAAUUUUAGAACAGCUUAUGAUAAAAAUCAGGGUAUGGUGAAAAUCAGAGGCUUGCAGAGGGAAUUCCCAGCAUCAUGAUACUUAGAAACAGUACAGCACUUAUUCCUAUUUACAGUGUGGGCAGUUUUUUCCUAAGGGGUGAUUUUUACCUUGUGCUGAAGGUAGCUUCACAUACAUUAAUUUUUAAGCCUGAAAUACUAUACCAGUUUUAAUCUAGGAAUUUCUUAGUGUCUGGGUCUUACAGAGGAAUGUUACUAGUGUGCAUGUUUGUCCUCAUGUUCUAGACAGGGCAGGGUGGCUUUCGAUUUUAAUGAAAGAAGAAAGUAUGACUGAAAACAGGGGCAGCAGCAUUCAAGUUGUCUGAAUAAAAAAAGAUCAGCUCAGGAGCAGAGAACUUUUAAAUACAAUAUACAUGCAGGCCAGUUGAGUUUUUUAUUUGAUUUCUAACAAUAUUCAUUAAAAAACCCCAAACAUUUUAUUGCAGCAGAAAGACUUUAACCCAUAACUAUUACUAAGGAGGGAGGGAAACCAAAACCAGCCCUUUCUUCCCUAGCAAAAAAGAUAUGUAUUUAACUGCUAUUUAUUUAUACCUUGUGCAUUAAUUCAUUUUUACAUGAUAGAAUUGUUUCAAAUGGAGAGUUUUUUAGACUGAUUUAAUUAUUGCAAAUCUAUGUAUGUAUCUUAUAUAUAUACAUUUAUAGAUAUAUACAAAAAGUAUAAAUUCUUCUAUUUGCUUAAAUUUUAUUCUAUCAAUAUAGAUAACAAUUUAGCAUGAUAAACUUUUUUUUACAAGGAUUGAUUAAAUAUUGUCCAGCUGUCAAGGUGGAGGAAGGUUCAACUGAAGCUAAGUUUUUGAAUAUGGGGUUAGUUUCCUCUGUUUCUUUAUAAAGUAGGGUGUCAUAAUGGAACCAUAAUUUAUGGAAAGAUACAGGCCCUCAAGCUACCCUUCAGAGAGAAGGAAGCAGACAUUUCUGAACUCAAGGUGCUGUUGUCACUUCUUAGUAACA